AUGCGAUCGCUACCACGGUCAUUGUGCUUACCCGUGUUAUCUAAAGAGUUUUCGAUACUUGAGAUGAAACAAAAGAAUGCGAGAUCGCCAGUGUUUCAGAGAUAUACGAAGCGGGCAAAGACUUGGGACAGCAGAGAACUCUGCCAGCUUCUGUCAGAUUCUGACGGUUGGGACGAUUUGGAAGAGUUUGCCGAGCAAGUAGAUAAGGGUUUACCAGCUUUUAGUGCGCCUGCUGUCUCUGUAGAGUGCGAUGAUGAUGAUGAUAUGAAGAUUUUGUUCGAGAAGCCCGCCAAUAACCAGCACCCGCAAAUUUUGGCGUCCAACAAUAGUAGCAGAUAUCAAUUAGAUCAGUAUCUGCGGCAUGACUCGCUGCGCAGCACCACACGAUCUAUAGAACGCAAUCUACUCCCGCCUUCCCGUCCAUCAAAAUCGCUCUUUGCUGGUAACUGUCCGAAAAUGCCACAAGCGCCCGGCAUUCAGAAGGCUAUAACCGUAACAGCUCCUAUUGCUGAUGUCAGGAGGUUCUCGACCAUAUCUCCAGUCAGGAGUAAAAGCACUGAAAAGCUGAAUCUCGCCGCAUUAGCCAAAGAAUGGGAAAACGCCCCACAAACAUUUGAUAACGAAGUGAUUAAGACUUUGAGCCGAUCACCAUCAUUUGAAGAACCAGAAUUCUCUUCAUCCGAACCUCCAACCCAGGAAGAUUUAGGAUGCGAUACAUCUGUGCCGACUCGUCCUUCAAAGAGAUCCAGAAACCAUGAACUCGUAUUUUUAACGCAAAAAGCAGAUAGGGAAGGAUCAGAGGAAGUUGCUUCAAAAGCUAACAGCAAUCUCACCAGAAAGUUGGUCCAGGGUGUGGUGUUAAGUGAGGAACAAGAGUCCGUGAUAGAGUUGGCGAAGCAGGGCCGCAACCUCUUCUACACUGGGAGUGCAGGGACAGGGAAAUCCGUCCUUUUAAGAGUAUUGAUUAAAACACUGAGACGAAAGUAUGGCGCUGGUAGUGUUGCUGUGACGGCCUCUACAGGCUUGGCUGCGUGCAACAUUGGUGGUAUAACGGUACACUCUUUUGCUGGCAUUGGGCUCGCAAAUGGUGACAAGAAAAGCCUCCUGAAGAAGGUUAAAAGGUCAAAGAAGCAUUGCGUGCGCUGGGCUACAGUAUCUGCCCUUGUAAUCGAUGAAGUUUCCAUGAUCGAUGGGGACUUGUUAGAUAAGUUGGACUACAUUGCUAAAACGCUCCGUAAGAGCCAGGCGCCGUUUGGUGGGAUGCAGAUCAUCCUCUCUGGAGAUUUCUUUCAACUACCGCCAGUUAACAAGAACAACAAUGCUAAAACGAAAUUUGCCUUUCACGCUGAGGCGUGGAGAGAAGCAAUUGAUGCCACCAUCAUGCUUCAGAAGGUAUUCAGACAACAAGGUGAUAGCGAAUUUGUGCGGAUGUUAAACGAAAUGAGAAUGGGAACCAUCUCUCCAGAAACCGAGAUAGAAUUCAAAAAGCUAUCUCGUCCAUUGCCACCAGACGACAUUAUCCCAGCAGAACUCUACAGCACGAGAAAUGAAGUAGAAAGAGCAAACAUAUCCAGAUUAAAUGGGCUCCAGGGGAGCUGUCAUACAUAUAAUGCUAUUGAUGGCGGAGACAUGAAGGACGAGGAGCAGAAGCAGAAGUUGCUGUCCAACUUCUUAGCUCCAAAGGAACUCAAGCUAAAAGUAGGGGCUCAGGUAAUGAUGAUAAAAAAUAUUGACGAAACAUUGGUAAAUGGCUCCCUUGGUAAGAUCAUUGAUUUUAUCGAUCAGAGGACAUACAUGUUUUAUGAGACAGUGAAAAGCGAUCCAACCAUAGAUGCUGCGACCUUAAUGGCUAUGCUUGAGGGAAAAGUCCGAAUGGAUGAAAUUAAUGACGAAGAUGAAAUUACGCAAAAGGUCAUAAGGAAAAAGUCUAUGAAAGAGGCGUUUUGCAAACCUCAGAGCCAGGUUCCGCAUGACAAGCUCGAUGAGAGCAUAUUUGACUUUUUAAUGGUUGACACGAAUACCCUAGACCAGAGUCAACGAACGAACAUCGAAAGAAAAAAAGCACUUUUGGAGGAAAUUCGCUCAAGCUCAACUGGGCGCAAACUGCCCUUCGUGAGAUUCUUGACACCAGAUGGCACGUCGAGGCUUGUUCUAGUCCAGCCCGAGGAUUGGGCAAUCGAAGAUGAGAAUCAAAAACCUCUUGUGAGUAGAAUUCAAUUGCCCUUGAUGUUGGCUUGGGCCCUUUCUAUUCACAAGUCUCAGGGCCAGACCCUGCCCAAAGUGAAAGUGGACCUUAGAAGAAUAUUCGAGAAGGGACAAGCGUAUGUUGCACUUUCUAGAGCAGUUUCUAGAGAAGGAUUGCAAGUGUUGAACUUCAAUAAGACAAAAGUACAGGCCCACGAGAGCGUCAUGGACUUCUACCAGACCUUGACAUCAGCUUAUGAGGCCAAGAAGCGAUUUGUUGAUACUAAAUCUAAAGAUCCAACUCGCUCAUCGUCACCUCAAGCGGCUAGGAGGUCAAAUACAAGGGCUCUGGAAGAACAGCAGGACCGAAUAACCACGAUGCUGAUGAGCAAAAUGAAGAAAAGCCAAAAUGAAGCUGCAUUAGAGGGCAUUGAUGUGGCUCGAGAUGCAAAGGUAAAGCUCGAGUAUUUCAGCUAA